AUGGAAGAUGAAGAUGAUAGAAAUGCGCAAACAGAUGCAGGAUUGACGCGAAAAAAGUCGAGAAGGAGGAGCAUUUUCAAAAUUGUGGUCAGUUCUUUUUCUUUCCUUAUCUACGUGGUCUCUAGGCUACCCUUAUAUAAAUAAAAAUGAAGUUUUAUUUCUUUAUGAAAUUUCGUGAUAAAAAUUCGCAUGUAGACCAUAUUUUUGCAGAAAAGUAUGAACAUAAAACUGAAAUUGUUGAUUGUUUUUGUGAUUUUGGUGCAUUGUGUGAUGGUGAUAAGUCGAUUGGUGGCAACUGGGAUGGCAAAACAUCGAUUGAUUCGAAUGCAUAAUGUGAUGAUUUUUUCAACUGCGAUGCUUUUUACAAGUGUUUAUAUGUGGAGAAGAGUUAAUUUUUCAUUGAGGUAAGUUAGAGGAAGUUUUUUUUCAAGGAAUUAAUAGAAUUUUGUCAUAACUUAUGAUGUUUUUCUUGAAAAAUCAAUUCCGAACUGGAACAUUUUCAAAAUCUCAAAUCUAGAGUCUUCUCAAUUUUCAGACAUCUUCUACCGACUCCAAGUGAAGUUGGAAAUCGAAGACUUCGAAAAAUUUGCUUCCAAGAUGUGGCUCUGGCGUUUUUCACAUUAUUUAUUUUCCUCGCUCAUAUUGCUAUGAUGUUUUUCUAUGUACUUUUAGGUCGGUUUUUUUAGAACUCUUCUCCCAAUGUCUAAAAAUUUUCCAGGAUCUGAGCCAAGCUUCAUAGCUUUGACGAGUCUGAGUUUCCUUGCUGCAUAUCUUCACAUUCUCAUAUUUUUAUUGUUGGCUGAUGCGAUUUUAUUCACUUUUUAUACAAUUCAUGAAAAAGUGGUGACAAAUUCAGUUUAUUUGUAUUUGCAUAGAAAUCGAAGUUAUCAUAUCUUUUUGGCGGUUUUGAUUGGUUUUAUGUUUAUGUUUGGUGGGUUAUAUGCUACACAAACUGAUCCAACUGUUAGAAGAAGAGAUGUUCAAAUGAAGGUGAGUGUUUUUUACUAUGAAACAUCAUAUUAUGAUUGUUUCGAAAUAAAAAGUACUAGUUAUUUUGAAAUAUGAGGCUACAAAAUAUACGCACACACAAAAACGUGUCAACCAUGUAACGCUUGGCGCGUUUUCAGAAAUUCGUGUACUUCUUUUGGAGGAGUGCAGAUUUUUAAAUCAAUUUAUUGGUUUCGACACAUCUGAAAAAAAUGCUUUGAGCCAAUGAAGUUUAAUCGGAGAAAAUGAAUUAACAAAUUUAAAACUAAAGUGAAAUAAAAUUUACACUUUUUUUCUGAAAUGUAUUGCUAAACCACUUUUCACAAAGCAUGUUUCACCUAAAACAUAAGAUUUAUGAAUAUUCUUCGAAUGUCUACAAAGAUCUCUAGGAACAAUACUUGGCACUAGGUUUGCUGUUUCAGCAAAAAUCACUUUAUUGCGAAAUCUUAUUUUUCAAAAAGCGCACACUAGAAAAACGUCAAUCUUCUAGAGCUUGGUGUUUUUGACAAAGUUUGUGUACUUCUCUCGGAAUAGUGAAUUUUUUUAAAAGGAAAAAUGCUAUUUUUGUAGUUAUAUAUUAAUAUUGCUGUUCUGCAAAAGUCUGAACAUACAUUGAAAAGAGAAUAACAGUGAAAUGCUCUACAAGCUGAGUUUUCAUGAACAGAAGCUCAAUUUAAAUAAAACUUCAAUUUUAUCAAUAACUUGUUUUGAAAACUUUAAAAAACGGAUGAAAGUAUCUCCUGUGUAUUCUACACAUUUUGUUUUGUAUGAACAUUAUCAUUCAUUCAAUAGGCAUUUCAAGAAACAUGUUUUGCAGUAAGGUGUUAGAAAAGCGCACACUAACAGAAAAUGAAAUGCGUCAAUCAUUGAAGGCUUGGCGUCUUUGGAAAAUGUUGUGUAAUUCUCUCGGAAAAGUGCAAUCAAUUUCACAUAAAAAAUACAAUUACUGGAAUAGAAAAUUUUGGAAUAAUGAAACUUCUUCUUCUGUUGAAAAAAAAACAUGAAAGCAACUUCUAAAAUUUAUUGCAGACAUUCAAAUCACACAGUAAUACAUCAAUUGUUCUACUUUCGGAUAUUCAUAUUGGUCCAUCGGUCGGAAGAACACGUAUGCAAAGAAUUGUUGAGAUUACAAAUUCACUCAAGCCUGAUAUUAUUGCGAUUGCUGGAGAUCUUGCUGAUGGAAUGGUCAAUGAUUUCCACGAAGCUGCUGAACCACUUUGUAAUUUAACAGCUCCUGGGGGUGUGUACUUUGCUACAGGUCAGUAAUUUUUUUGUGGUCUGGUAUGUGUCAUUUUCACAACUUUCCAUAAUCGUGGUCUGUGUUAAACCCAAAAGUGUUUUGUUUACUUUUUCGUGGCCUCUGAUGUGGAAAGGGAAAUGAGAUGAAAAAACACGUCAUCAUUUUUUUGUAGGGAGAAUAACCAAAAAUAUUUUCAGGAAAUCAUGAAUAUAUGCACGGAAAUAUUACCGAAUGGUUUUGGUUUUUAGAGAGAUGUAAUAUCAAAAUCUUGCAUAAUUCAAAUAAACAUGUGACAAUUAAAAAUGAAAAAUUCUGUAUUGCUGGAGCUGAUGAUCUUUAUGCAGAACGGGUGCAUAUUCCUGGGCAUGGAAUGAAUAUGUCGGCAGCUCUGUCAACUUGUAAUGCAGAUUCAACAAAUAUUUUAUUGGCACAUCAACCAAAUGCAGCUAGAAUUGUUAUUGAUGAUCCGGUUUUGAGCAAAAAAGUUAAUCUGAUAUUGUCAGGUGAGAAUUCAGAAGUUUUGAAUGCAGCUUUAAUGAAAAUAUAAAACUAGAGCUUUUUUCGUUUUCAAUUUCUGAAGACUAUAAAAAUCUAGUCAGCGUAUCAAAACAAAAACAAAAAGUUCGAUUUUCUAGUUAAUCUUUGUAUUAUGAUUAUACGAACAAAAUGAAAAACAAAUCAACCUGAUUAGAAUAUGUAUAAAAAUUCGAUGAAAAUUAUUUCAGAUUUUGAAAUUCAAGCGUGAAAUAAAAUGUCCGAUCUUAUUUCAGGUCACACUCAUGGUGGUCAAAUGUAUCCUUGGGUUCCACUUGUCAAAAUCGCCAAUGCAUAUCUCAGGUAACCUUUUUUUUCUAUUUCAUAAAACAUUUUCUUCAAAUAAUUUUUCCAGAGGGUUAUAUUACGAUUCAAGAACCGAUACAUACGUCUACGUGAGCGCUGGAGUCAAUUAUUUUGGACCACCCAUCAAGAUGUUCAAAUCUUGUGAAAUAAUUCUUCUAAAUUUAUUAUCCAAAAACUAA